AUUAUUAGAUCUGUGUUUUUUCUGCACUAGGUCACUUUGUAAUCCUGGCGCACUUUUUAACCUAUUUUGCCUCACUUUAUAAUCCCAAACCAGUCGCAAUUUGUAAUCCCCCGACUUGUCGCACUUUUUAACCCCGAUAAUUUUCGGGAUAGAAUAUACCUCUCGUAUAUUUCUGCGAUUGUUUUUACAUUACUGUAGCUGACUAAAACGAUAAUUUAAGUAAUCAUCAUUGUGGUAAAUACAUUUCAACGCGUCUUUAUUCUCUCCGACUAUAUAAUUACGUUUCGUUAUUGAUAAUACAAUUAGUGCUUCAGUAGUUGCAAUACUUGCGUAAAUUUUAUCACAAAAAGAUCGCUAUAAAUGGUUACACAACGUUAGCACGAAGACACCGUGCAUGCUUCAGUUUAUUUUCAAGUCAUAAAAAAUCAACAACGUUUGAUUUGUUCAUAGCUAUAUAUUUUUGAGUUUUGAGUUAUUCACAAGAGAUAUAGACUUUUAUGUUUAAGAAAAGAUGUAUAACACAUAUUAAUGGGAAAAAAUGGGGAAAGAAAGUGACUAAGAAGGAAUGUCAGAUAAGUCUUACCUGCAAAAAAUGCAGUAUUGUUCUAAAAGUUUUUAAAGUUGGUUAAAAGUUCAUGUAGAUUCAUAACAUAAAAUAAAUGCAUAUCAAAAGAAUAAAAACCUAGUAUUUCAUUAGCUUGAAAAAUUGAAGAAGAAGUAUUUAAAUUCGUGUGAAAGAAGCUAAAAGUGUAUGCACUGAUCAAAAAAAUCUUAUAGCUACUCAUCAUUUUUAAAGGAUUACUAAGUGCCACAUGAAGGGAUUACAAAAUGCAAUAGAUUUGGGAUUACAAAGUGCGACAAAAUGGGUUACAAAGUCCGAUGGGAUAACAAGAUGCAACAAAAUUGGAUUGCAAAGUGUGACGGGAUUACAAAAUGAUACACUACCAUGUUAACCUAUCGAGCUCAAAUGAUAACGCUAUCUAACUAAAGCAAACAAAUAUGUCACACGCGAAAUUACUAUGUCUCUGCCAUUGCAAAACAGCGAUGGGGAUUUUAAUAACUAAAUCUUUAUAAUGUGUGGAAGAAAACAGGGGUAUGUUUUCUCUUUCUGAUACCAGAUACCUUUUUUGUUAUACGCCGAAGUCGAGAAAAAGAAGAAUUCAUGGAAACAAGGUAGACAUUUUCACUUACUUUUUUUUAAGCUUGAUGUCCAGUUUCCAUUCGUUAAAACUACCAGCAACGAACACAUCCUUUCCACCGUGUUCCCAUUUGAGCGUGACUGGCUUGACUUUGCUUCCACCACCAUCUGAGAUAAUGAAAAACUCAUCAGAGUCAUUAAAGAGAUCUUUAGAUUCUAUGCUGGGGUCUUUGCAGUCUACAGUAGAAACAAGUACACAGACUGGUUUUCACUUCAGAUAGUUUCAGAUGACUUUCCGUCUGGUUAUUUGAAAGCAGUUAAUGCUCAGAAUAUUGUAGCGCGCCUUUUAUAUACUCACACGCAGACAAAAUAUUGGACAUGAAUUAUUGCUUAGUGUGUGUGUUGAUAACUGGCCAAAAGUUUGUACCUGAUUGCGUUGGCGGCUUUUUCGUGGUUCCGUCUUCAUGACUUUUUUCCUCUGUCGUCGUUUUUUCUUUGCUCGCACCCUUCCCCAUGGCAAUCAAAAUAUGUGUUUUUUUGUCUAAUAUACACAAGAUAUGGAAAGAAAAACUGUUUGGCUAUUAUUUAACUCAUUUUAAACAGGUACAAAUGUAUUUAACCUUUAUCACAAAGCUCCUUAUGUUUUUCUCCUAGCAAACACGGAAGUGUCCAAUUAAAAGGUUUUAACUUUGCUCAACUGUUUUGAUACACAUUCGAUUUGAAGCAUACUUGAAUUGCGCAAAAAAUACACAACUGAGUAACAAAUUUUUCAUUUAGUGGAAGUGUGAAAGCUUUAAGCUUUGAUCGCCUUAUUACAAUGCAACUCUUCCCAAUCUCGUCCCCAGGAAUUUUUGUACGCCUAUAAUUCAAACGCCAUCUUUUUCUGCCUAUAAUAUAAAUUUUUUUAUCGCCAUCUAUAAAUCUGGCGACAUGGUUACGCAUGCUUCGAAUAAAGACAUAAAUAAGAACAUUCAAUGAUAAAAAAAGUGUGUACGAUAGAUGCAUGCUAGCCGUGAUACAAAACUGACUUUAUGUUUUUUCAGUAAUACUCUCCAGUAACUAAAUUAGUUCAAAAGCCAUCCACUACUUUUAUGGUUUGCAGCAAUCCGAACCAUUAGGGCAUAGGGAUAAUUAAUUGGAGCGCGUGAUGGACGAAACAUUGUGUUCUCCAGUUUACCAGCUAACCCAGUGUAACCUAAGGUUAUUAUUUAAUCAUCAAGUGUUUACAUUACUGAUGUUGUUAAACCGACGAAUAUGACAGGUAAUGAAAAAGACAGACAAUGGCAUUUAUUUCAAUCGAUUUAAAACCGAACUUAACGAGAUUAAAUCGACUGAUAAGUAAUACGAACGUCUCUUAAACUCUGCAAAACGUCGUUUUUGUAUUUAUUGCAAAGCUUGGAUACGUCCAAACGUAUCCAAGCUUGUUUCCUCACAAAAGUGAGGAAACAAGCUUUAUUUACGUAAUCAGCUAAUAAUGUUUAAGGGACGAAAAAAUGCAAGAGGUCAAAUUUAGGUAGUGAAAAUGGUACUGACAACAGGCGACUUAUAAUAAAAUAUUAACUACUCGAAAAAAGAAAAAGAAAACUUAUUCUCAAGGCGUUAUUUACCUCGCCAAAGCAACUGUACUCAAAUAUGAGGGCAGUUUUUAAUGCUUCAAUUUAAAUUGUCUUGUCAACUAAUUUCGAACACAGUGUGCUUUUAAAUGAUGACUUCUUUGUUAGAAAGUUACAUUAAUUCUAUCCCAUAGAAGACUAAAAUUAGUAUGCCUAGUGUAAGAAAGACACACAGAGAGAGAAUUUUCUACUUAUCCAACAAAGAAGUAAACGCAGCCUUAAAAUUUUAAAAGCUGUAACAAAAAAGAUAGGUAUCUAAAUUAAUAAUCACAGGGGCCAUAGAAUAGAGACUAUGAAACCCUAAAUAAUAAUAGAAGCAAAGCACGUAGACCCAAAUUUGAAUCAUAAAAUGGGGAUAUGCGUAGGCUAACCAAAAUUGCCGUUAAAAGAAAAGGUCAACGUAUUGCAUAUUAAAAAUUGCAUAAUAAUUGUCUAAUAAUAAUUAUAAAUAAUUACUGUUAUUGGCACUUAGCUAACUAAACUAGCUUGGCAGGUCUUGUGUUACUUGUUAUAUCACACAACAUACUUGCGAUUGCAUACUUCUUUCAGCUAAUACACCUUCAACGAGUGCAGCUACAAAUAAUUUCGUAAAUAAUUAAUAUAAGAGGUAAUAUGACUUUGCGUAUUGUAUCCAAAGAAAAAUAAACUAAGUUUGUCGACCUGUACGUGUUUACGUAAAACGCGUGAAACUUUAACCAACUUCUUAUGUGUUGCAACAACAAGAUGCUCGAAUAACAAGGCGUUGAAAAGCGUGCAAAGUGACACGCUAUUACAUGCUACUGUGGUUUUUUUUAUAGCGAAUAAUAAAUAACACGUGCACUUUUGUUUUGAUCAACUCAUUUAUACUCGACCCUCAAUAGCAAUUUAGAUAUAUAACUCGCGCUUAAGUGUGUGUUUCAUUUUAGAGUGGUAAUAAAUAACUAAAUUAAAUAAUUUCACAAAAUCUAAUCAAGCAUAAAAAUACGAAGAAAUAUCGAUGUGUUUCAUUUUCUUUAUAUAAAGGAACGUCCGGCGUGGACAUCAAGAAAAUUCGUAUAAUAUGUGAACCUGUUAGGUCGAUAGUAUGCCGCAAAUAGGACUUAAAUCCAAUUCCUUCGUCUUACAGCCAAAUCUAAAAAUUUAAACGCUACAAAGCGCCCUAAAAACAAGGUUACCGAAUUGAAAAAUGGUAAUAUUUUGGCUCACAGUGGAAACAUGUUUUUCGGAUUUAAUGCAUUGCCGGGCUUUGUUAUUAAAUGUUUGCCCUAUUUAAAUUAUUUUUUAUUACCUUCGUGAUAGUACUGACUGAAGUUUACUUAACCUCGUCUCCAACGCAUCAUGUAUCUUUUCUGACUUGACAUUAGAAAAGCAGUAAAUGCUGGAGUUAUAGGCAAGCUCAUUCCCAUUUUUUUCUUCUUAAAAAUAUCGGACGCUGUUCCAGACUAUUAGAAAAGAAAAAAGCUCUGGGGAUGAGGUUGCAAUAUGAGGAAUAGACGUCAAAGUUCGAUAUUUCGUCGUAACAAUUUUGUCAUUUCUAUGCUUCGCUUUAUGUUGGGUAUUCCGUUUUAUCUUACAUUUUAUUUCCGCCCGCCUCGUUUCCAGAGUUCUUUUUCGUUUUCUAAUGAAAAAUCUUGAGCGCCUUUAACGAACUUUUGGCUUAUUUGAGGGAAUUUGGUGUUUCACUGGUAAUGGUUAAAAAAUUUCCUAGCCGAAAACCUAUCCUUGGAAUUUCAGCUGAACAAAACAAUGGGACAGUAUUGAUAACAUUCUCGUAAAAAAAUAUCGCCAUAUAAUAUAGAAGGCAUCUUUUUGGCGUUAAAUACGUGUUGUUGUUUUUAUAUACAUAACGUUUAUAAGUAUUAUACCCAGCUUCUGUUUUGUCAUAAAAUAAGCAUAUACAAAGCAUAUUCACGAGCCUGUGGAGUUUCUGCUGAAGAUAUUUUAGUUAAUGUAACUACGCUACAAGAACUUUAUCAAGAAUUUCAUGUUUCAAUUAGGUCAUAUUUUUUGCAUCAAACUAAAGUGAGUUAAGCAAUCAGCGAGGAGUCAUGUAUUUAAUCCUUUUGAAAGGGAGGUGAAAUUAGGACUUUUAAGGAGUAAUACAAGUAGUAACAGGUUUAAGCUAUAUUUUUCACAAUUUCAGGAAUACUAGAUUUUAUUGUAAUGAGCAUACCGCAAGCAUAACCCAGCCUCAUCUGAAAAUUUAAUAUGCUUAUAUAAAAACAUGCAUUCUGUCAUGUAAAAUUCACUACGGAGGAGAUUAGGUAACCGUCUACGAAAUACAAUCGCAACAGUGUUAUGUAAUGAGAAACCUGGAAACAGGUUAAACUGGGUGAGAUAACCUGUUGCCUCAUUAAACUGCGAUUGAAUGCGGGACUUAGGAAGUUUAGAUAGAAAACAAUGAAAAAUAAGGAAAAAAGUUUAAAGGUAAAGUAAACUUCCAAAUUAUAGAGCCCGAGCAAAUUAUACGUCGUCAUCGUUUAAAUCCAUGCAAUGCACAGUAUAACUAGAUUUUUUAGGUCUCUAACGUAGGUGAAGUUUAACAACUUUUGGUGUGAGUGCAAAAUAAACUUUUUUCUUGUCUUGGGACCGAGGUUGACUUUACUCAGAAAACUAUUCUUUUUGAAGUAUAAUAAGUUUUAUUGGUUGUGCUUCUACUUUUAAUAUACGUGGGUGGAAAAAGUUACUGGAUUUUUUUUCGUCUGGUAGAACAAAUAGUGUAAAUACCUUUUUAAGGAUCUUUAAACCAGUUCCGUUGUUAGUAUUUUAGUAGGUUAAGAUCAGACUGGGAUUCAACUUAUGCUAUAUAUAUAGUCUUAUAAGUCCAACUUGCCCGCCUGCGCCCCACUCGCGUGAGUAUUGAGCAAAAGAAAGCAUAUGGCAUGAUACGUACCAUAUUUCCUCUUAACCGCCCAGGGGCUGAUCAUUUUUUUCAAAAUUUAGCACCAAAAAAAGGGGCGUUCAUGAAAUUAUUUUCAAAUCACUACAAACUGUUAAAAAACGAUGCUCGUUUUCAACCUCGUUCCCAGGGCUCUUUUUUCAAUUUUUUUAUGGCUCGUUUUAUAAUUUUAUGUCGCGACAUUUGCUUAGAAAACUGUAUACAGUACACCUAAAUUCUAUAAGGGGGUGGGGACUGAAGAGGGUGCUAAAAAGAGAGUAAAAACGAUACUUCCUGAGUUUUGGGUCUUCGGCUCGAGUUGCUGUCCCUCCUUUCCGUCGUGCGUACUUUUUUUCGGUACGCCAGACUCGGAAUUAAUCUCCCCCGCAGAAGAUCACCUGUGUUUCAUUUGAAAAUGGCGGGCAACACAAUGUUAUUUGCAUGUACAAAAUGUCACAGUCGUCAUCCAUUUGAAGAACUUAGUCGUGAAGAGCAACUUUGCAAGACAUGCAGAAGAAAGUAUCCACUUGUGACAUGUUCAUAUUGUCAGCUUGAAUUUCAUCUGUUAAAAAAAACUGAGGGCAAUCCCAUUUGUGCAAAAUGUAGUCACAAUCUCUCAACCUAUGGACAGCCAAAAAACUGCAAGUAUUGCCAGAUCAAGGCAGCAUUUAAACAAUCAUGUUGCUCAAGAUGUAUCAGCUCAGAGAAGCGAUAUGGACCACCUGUGCAAUGUCAGAGGUGUAAGAAGCAGUGUGCAUUCAAUAAAAGUGGAGAAUCCAAAGCAAAAGUAUGUUUAAUAAAGGUAGGAGGAGAGGUACUCUGUUUACAGUGUACUCUUGAAUACAAGCGUAACCGCCACAGGCUGCAAAAGGGUCUGUCAAAGGAAAAGAUGACUGAACGUUAUUCUGGUGGUCAUAUUGAUAGUACUGUCGUUAUGCCAUUAAAGGCGGAGAAUCUUCCCACUGCUUCUUUUAAAUCGCGUUUUGAUGCACUUGAAAAAAGUAGUCGGCAAAAUAGCAGAUCAAAUAGUCCCUUCAGACAAGAAAGUGUCAGUGAGAAUGCUGUUGAUUCUACCUUUGGAGAUCCUAUGUCUGAAAUGACCAAGUUGCGAGAUCAGAUUGCGAUGCUUAAAAAAGUCAUCUCUCAAAAAGAAAAAGUAAUAUUAGAAAAAGACAAAAAGAUUAACGAAUUUCAAGCUGAACAAUGGGAAAAGGAGAAAUUGCUUCGUCAGAAAAUUCAGGCGAUACAGAAGGAAAGUAACGAAAGGGUAGAACAGUUGCAGUUGGAAAACCAAGCUCUAAGAAAGCAGGUCUCAGGUCUGUCGAAAACGCGCAGAACUUCUAAACCAAUUUUUACACUAAAGAAGAUUCACUUGGAAGCGCACAAAAUACCUUCGCCAAUGACAACGUCUGAUAAGAGGGAAGCACCAAUUUCGUACGAUAGCACGGAGGAGGGUGGAAGCGUCACUACAGAAAGUGAUCGCGCCGAGAUCACUGAUCGCGAAAAAAAAGACGCUGCUCUGACAAAAGUGGAUCAUGUUACUGAAGAUGAAAUAGAAGAAAAGGAUAAAGAUGUCGAUCGCGAUAAUAAUACGGCAACCGAAGGAGAUAAUUCUGAGGAGAGCGAUGAAGGUUUAAGCAGUGCCAAAAGUAAUACAGACAAACAGAUCAGUUUUGAUGAGGCGCAAGAAGCUGAGAUUAAAAAGUUACUAAAAAACGACGAUGGACAUACUAGCAGUGGUGUGGAGGAGAACGAAGUAAAUUUGCGUCGUUCGAAAAAACGUCAAAAGAAGAAGUCACAGCUAACGAUCGAAGAUGACGGAGAUGUUAGUACUGGUGUUGAAGAUGACCACGAGUCGAAUAUUGGACCAAAAAAGAAACGGAAGAAAAAGAGACACUUGCGUAUCGACGAAUACGAUGGUGAAGAAGAGCAAAACGUUUACUCGUGCACAGAGCUACAGGAGGAAAACAAUAAUCGAGACAAAAAGAGACAAACUGGUGAAGAAGGCGAUGAAGAGGAUACCGAUUUAACAAUUACAAAGAAGCCAAAUGAGCAAGCCGAGGAACUGGAAGACGAACCUAUAAGAGAAGGUAACAAAGAAUUACACCAUAACCCGUCAGACGCAGAAAUGGCAGAACAAGCUUCAUCUCCAAGCGAUUCUGAUGAAUUACACGUCGACGAGGAUUAAAUUGGCAAACAACAAAAAAAGUAAAACAAUUUAAAAUUAUAAAAAGUGGGCACUAAGCUAUGUUCUAAGUUUUGUUUUCGACCGCCUAGCUUCUCUUUCUUAAUUAAUUUAAAAAGAGUUCCACAAUUAACUAAAAACUCAUUCAAAGUCUGAUAAGCUGUAGUAAGUGCGUCCCGAUAUAAUUGAAACUCUGAUUUUGUAACACAUGCACGGCACAAAUUUUCAUUUUUUUUUUAUGUAUUUAAUCUUUACUUGGUGAAAGGCAUGUAAUACUGAUUAUAUUAUUGAUUGAAAAUUCCUAAUUCUUUGUAUAAAAUAGAAUUGUAGAUUUUGUCUUUUGAUUGAUUUAUACAAAAGAAUCAGGGGGGGUCACACAAAGUUGUCCAAAUUGUUGUUUUAAACAUACGAAUAGGUAACAAGAAAAAAACCUUGGGAAUCUAAAUGCUCAAGAAAGAUCAUGUUUUAGGAAAAGGAAAAUUAUGUCAUAAAUUCUUUUAUCUAUAAACAAUAUGCUUGUCAUUUUUUUUCAAGCUCAAUUACGUAAAGUCACGAAAUACAUAUAUCCAUUGCA